AUCAUGCUGGACCUAGAGGCCAACACACUGCCAGGGGUCGUGGAAAUGAUCACUGACAGUCAGAUUGAGAACGGUCUCUUGAAAGCUGACCUGAAAGAUAAGGUCAUGUACACCUUGCUGAGGAAGCAUCGCCACCAGACCAAGAAAUCCAAUCUUCGCUCCUUAGCUGACAUUGGCAAGACGGUCUCCAGCGCAAGUAGGCUGUUUUCCACCCCGGAUAAUGCACGUAAUCCACUUGAGACUUCAGUGCCUUGUCUAAUGACUCGCAACUCAGAGGAGCUGUUGCGAGCCCCUGGAAGUCCAAGCAUGGGAUGGCCUAGUAGUCCAACCACCACACAUCGCAACUUGACAUCAAGCAGCCUGAACGAUAUCUCCGACAAGCCAGAGAAAGAUCAGCUGAAGAACAAGUUCAUGAAGAAGCUGCCCAGAGAUGCUGAAGCUUCCAAUGUUCUCGUUGGAGAAGUGGACUUUCUGGACAGUCCUUUUGUGGCCUUUGUGAGGCUGCAGCAGGCUGUCAUGUUGGGGGCGCUGACUGAAGUACCUGUGCCCACCAGAUUUCUGUUCAUUCUUCUUGGACCCAAAGGCAAAGCCAAGUCAUACCAUGAAAUUGGUAGAGCAAUUGCUACUCUGAUGUCCGAUGAGGUCUUCCAUGAAAUUGCGUACAAAGCCAAGGACAGACAAGAUCUCCUUGCUGGCAUUGACGAGUUCUUGGACGAGGUCAUUGUCCUCCCUCCUGGAGAAUGGGACCCCACCAUAAGGAUAGAGCCACCAAAAUCCCUGCCAUCCUCUGAUAAAAGAAAGAACAUGUAUGCUGGAGGGGACAGCACACAGAUGAAUGGAGACACGCCUCACAGCGGCGGACAGGGGGGCGGGGGGCACGCAGUAGGCGAUGAACUGAAGAGGACGGGGAAGUUUUGUGGAGGCCUUAUUCUUGAUAUCAAAAGAAAAGCUCCCUUUUUCUUCAGUGAUUUCUAUGAUGCGCUUCACAUCCAGUCUUUGUCUGCCAUUCUUUUCAUCUACCUGGGAACAGUAACCAAUGCCAUCACGUUCGGAGGAUUGCUGGGUGACGCCACUGAGAACAUGCAGGGUGUGCUGGAGAGCUUUCUGGGCACAGCGGUAACUGGAGCGGUGUUCUGUCUCCUGGCUGGGCAACCUCUGAUAAUCCUGAGCAGUACGGGGCCAGUGCUGGUGUUUGAAAGGCUGCUCUUCAACUUCAGCAGGGAGCAUGACUUCGACUACCUAGAGUUCCGUCUUUGGAUCGGUCUGUGGUCGGCCUUCUUCUGUCUAGCCCUAGUGGCCACUGACGCCAGCUUCCUGGUGCAGUAUUUCACCCGAUUUACAGAAGAGGGCUUCUCCUCACUCAUCAGCUUCAUCUUCAUCUAUGACGCCUUCAAGAAGAUGCUGAAGUUGGCUGAUUAUUACCCCAUCAACUCAGACUAUAAAAUCGAUUACGUCACGCAGUAUGACUGCAUGUGUAUGGCGCCCACUGUUGCCAAUUCUUCAGAUGUGUACACUGAUCCACUUGGUCCAACAUUUAUCUGGACCGUAAAUUACAGCGAUACACGCUUGAAUGCCAGCUGGUCCUCACUGUCAAAGAAGGAAUGCUUGAAAUACGGAGGGGAGCUAGUGGGCAAAGCCUGCAACUUUGUCCCCGACAUCACCCUCAUCUCCUUCAUCCUUUUCUUUGAGGAUUUACCAAAGAUCUCAGAGGAGUCCAGUGAAGAACUGGAAUGUAGCCUAACCCUGGGAGAGCUGUACAAGUCACUCCAUGAGAUGGAGUCUGGGAAAGCUCCGGGUAUAGAUGGGCUUCCAGUGGACUUUCUGAAGGUUUUCUGGUCGGAUUUAGGAGGUGACCUGCUAGAGGUAGCUAAUAACGUGGCCACACGUGCCAGCACUGCUGAGCUGUCCUUUGUUACAGAGAUUUUUUCACUGUGCUGUGAAGUUGAGGUGGUUUUCAAAGAGCUCCUGACAAUGAAUGAGAUUUCAGCUUCCUUUCUUCACACUGUUUCGCCCUACAGAAACAUCUCUUCAGAUCUAAAGGACAAAGUUCUUCAAGCUAACCAUCAGCUGCUGGUUUCGCAAAGCUGCGGCUGCCUGUCAGCCUACCAGACAGGGCCUUGA